GUAAUGUCCAACUUUUUUUAGACUGUCUACUGUAUAAAGCGAGACAUUAGGUGCAAAAUUGUGCUAACUAUCUGGAACAAUCUCACAAGAUUAAUUUAAUCUCGUAUUGCCUCAACAAAAAAGUUAUUCCCGUUCAGUAUCCUCUUGGAGUAGAACGCCAAUAGUCUCUGUAACGUCCACCAACCGUUUAGAAAUUCGCCAUGGCGUAUCACCACGGAAAAUUGGAUCGGCCUGAUGAGCCCUUGCCAGACUCCUCUUUCGAAUUUGUGGACGCUGGGUACGGGAAGAACUUUGUGAAAAUGCUCCACAUUCGUCGUGACGGACCCACCCAUUACAUUAAAGAGUUCACAGUGAACACCCAACUCACCUUGGAUUCAAAAAAAGACUACCUGUUUGGUGAUAAUAGCGACAUUGUUGCAACCGACUCCCAAAAAAAUACUGUUUAUGUCAUGGCGAAAUUGCACGGGGUCAAAUCCCCAGAAGAAUUUGGCCUCCUUCUCUGCAGCCACUUUUUGUCCAAGUAUCCGCACGUGGUCAAGGUUCGCGUCUGCCUGGAGGAGCACCCCUGGGAAAGGAUGAUUGCGGAUGGAACUCCCCACAACCACGCCUUCAUUUCCACCCCCAGUACCGUACGAUUUUCAACCAUUAUCUUCAAGCGGGGAGCCAUGCCCGAGAUAACGUCAGGGUUGAAAGGUCUCCGAGUCAUCAAGACGACCCAAUCUGGCUUUGAACACUUUAUCCACGAUGAGUUCGCCACCUUGCCAGAUACUCACGAGAGGGUCUUCAGCACCGUUGUUUACGCGAAAUGGCAUUAUGCAUCAACCAAUGGCGUGGACUAUGAUAAAGCUUGGCACACCGUGAAAAAUUGCAUACUUGAUGCAUUCGCUGGUCCUCCUGACACCGGAAUUUUCUCUCCCUCUGUACAAAAUACCCUUUACAUUGCACAAAAAGAAGUUCUCGAACGUGUGCCACAAAUGGGUCUCAUCGAGGUCGAGCUUCCUAACAAACAUUAUGUGCCUGUGGAUUUUAGCAAAUUUUCAAAAAUUACUGGAGCUCAAAAUGACGAAGUUUUUCUACCAUUUGAUGCCCCUGCUGGGAAUAUUAAGGCAGUUUUGGGAAGAAAAAGUCUUUUGCCACACGUUUUUGAAAAUAGGUCAAAACUUUGAUUGUAUAUUUGAUUGAUUACCUAUAUAAUUUUCCGGUGUUUGACUAACUAAGCAUCAUAUUGUAUGGCUUUUAAAUAAUUUAAAGUAAUAAAAUUGUGUCCAAAUUUAUAUACAA